CUGACCGGACUUGCAUUAUUUCGCCGGCGAGCCGCGCGAGUUGCACGCGACCGAACCGGGGAAGAAGCUCUCGGCCCGUUCACUUAUUCACCGUGAACCGGAGCGAACCGAUCGCGAAGCGUAUUCCGAAUCUUUCGCCGGGAUCGUUCUUCGGUCUGCGCCCUUUCGACGAACGCUCCUCCCGAAAAAACGAAGGUCGCGGGACCACGAACCUGGCGCGGCCGCGAUUGAAAAAAUUGAAACGGUGUUUAACCAGCGAGUGUCUCGCCCACGUCAGACGGCGAUAUCCGGCCAGAAGAUGCGUCGCGUUUGCCUGUUACUACUGUUCGCGGUCUCGCUGAUCCGGCAAUUCACCGCCGGAUUCAACAUCCUCGGGAUCUGCCCGAGCAGCAGCUACAGCCACCAGCAGCCUUUCCAAGCAUUGAUGAAAGCUUUGGCGGCUCGCGGGCACAGCGUCACCGUGAUAUCAACCAUCCCGUCAAAGGAGCCGAUCGAGAACUACGAGGACGUCGAUUUGUCGUUCACUUACCGGAAGUCGGACUGCACCGGCUUGAGGCACAUGGGACCGUACACCAUUCUGCGGAAGAACAUGCGAGAGGCGAACGAGCUGUGCGAGGAGCAACUGUUCAGCCCGGCGAUCGAGGGCCUAAUCUCGAGGAACAGAACGUUCGACGCGGUGAUCAUAGAGCAGCUAUGGUACCAGUGUUAUUACGCCCUAGUCAAGCAUUACAAUUGGCCGGUGCUGAUCGGAUUCCUGAGCGUGGGUAACCUGCCGUACGUGAUGGACUCCAUCGGGAACCCGGACGACCCGUUCCUCAACCCGGACAUGGCGUACGCGUUCACCAACAGGAUGACGCUGCACGAGCGCGUCCGAAAUCUCCUGUACACCGGCUGGACCAGGCUGUACUACAGGCACUGUCACUUGCCGGCGGUGCAAAAGAUCGUCGACAAGUGGACGACGGGCGUCUCUGUCGGCGACGUCGACAGGAACUUCAGUCUCGUGAUACUGGGAAACAAUCACGUGUUCGGCUACCCGAAGCCACUCCUGCCGAACGUGAUCGAAGUUCACAGCCUGCAGAUCACCGACCAGCACCAAGCCCUGCCCAAGGACGUUCAGGAAUUCCUGGACAACGCGCACCACGGGGCCAUCUACUUCUCCCUAGGCUCGAACCUGCAAACUCAUCAGCUGCCGGCCGGCCCUUUGACCGCCCUCUGCAACGCGCUCAGCUCGCUCAAGCAAAGAGUUCUGUGGAAGGACGCCGGGGACAUGGCCAUUCAUCCAGCUAACAUUAAAUUUGUGAAGUGGGCGCCGCAGCAAGCGGUUUUAGCACAUCCGAAAGUGAUGGCCUACGUGAUGCAGGGCGGAUUGCAGUCGUUACAGGAGGCGGUGCACUAUUCUGUGCCGGUAGUCGCCAUUCCCUUUUUCGGGGAUCAACUUUUCAACGCACGUAAAAUCCUGGACGCCGGUAUCGGACUUACAUUGGACAUCGAUACGAUCACCGAGGAGUCGAUCGCGCGGACCCUCGCCGACGUUAUAGAAAAUAAAACGUAUUACGAGAACAUUAGAACUAUGUCGGAGAUCGUGAAGGACGAAUUAGUGAAACCGAUGGACAGAGCUGUUUGGGGCAUCGAGCACGUGAUCAAAUUUCCGAAAUGGGGGCACAUGCGUUACCACGGCCACGAUAUUUCAUUGGUCGAUUACUAUGGAACUAUUAUGCUCUUAAUUGCGCCAGUGAUAUUGCCAAUAUUAUGGGCAUGCCGCCGAAUAUUAUGUAAACGGAGGGAGGCUGUAUUGGAUUAUCUUCGAGAUUAUGAUCCGAAAUCGAAGUGGGAAUAGUUAUUUUAAAUAACUUAUUUAAUGUUGAUAAUAUAAAAUCGUGUCAUGAUACCAUCGAAUUUUUUAAA